CUCAAUGGAGCAUAUAUUGUACCUCCAGAGUGAUGCAGCAGGUCUGAAAAUCCAAAAAGAGAAAGAGAAGAGUGGGCUGCCCUCCUCUACACAGCCUAGUCAUGCUUGGGCCAGUCACAUUCAGGAACGUGGGCAUUACCAGGAGCAUGGCAAAUCUGGACCCAAACACCACUCUGAAGUUUUAACUAAUAAAAACAGUUCUCACAUUGAGCAAGACAUGGAUCAUGUCUAUUACACUUCCAAAAUCUACCAGCCUGCAGAUACAGCAGGCAAGGAUUUAUGGGUAAAUUUUAAACAGAUGGACAAAGGAAAGGUUCAUGGAGUCCUUUCCAAUACCCACCGACAAGCUUUGACAGUGAACUUGUCCUUUGCUUUUCCUUAUUAUGGACAUUUACUGACAGAGAUAACAGUGACUACUGGUGGUUUUCUCUACACAGGAGGCGUGAUCCAUAAGAUGUUGACAGCCACUCAGUACAUUGCUCCACUUAUGGCUAACUUUGACCCAAGCAUUUCCUCAAAUUCCACCAUCAUUUACUUUGAUAAUGGAACAGCUCUUAUUGUGCAAUGGGACCAUGUUUACCUCCAUGAUGACCCACAUUUAGGCAGUUUCACGUUCCAGGCUUCGUUGCACAGUGAUGGCAGGAUCACCUUUGCUUACAAAGAGAUACCUGUUGAUGUUAAUAAGCUCAGGUCAGAGAAUCACCCAGUGAAAGUUGGUCUUUCUGAUGCAUUUGUGGUUCUUCAUAAAAUUCAGCAGAUUCCAGAUACAGAUAUCCGAAGAAGAACAAUAUAUGAGUACCAUCGAGUUGAGCUGUUGAAAUCUAAAAUUACCAACUCCACUGUCAUUGAGUUUCUGCCUCUCCCAACCUGCCUACAGUUCUCCAGCUGUGAUAGCUGUGGUACAGCUCACAUUGGCUUCAACUGUAGCUGGUGCAGCCGCAUAAGAAGAUGCUCCAGUGGCUUUGACCGAAAUCGCCAGGAUUGGGUGGACAGUGGUUGUUUGGAGGAGUUAAAGAAGCAGAGCUGCAGUGAAACAGUCAACUCACAUGCUGUAAGCACUGGGCCCACAAUCAAUAACACAGCAGCAUCUACAGGCACGUCCCAGCCUGAGAGUGUUAACAGCACUGCAUCAUCCACAAAUACUGAUUCCACCUCCAUCUCUGUUGAGGAAGACACAAAGAUUGCACUUCCUUUGACUGAAGAUAGAUGUAAGUGUCUUUUUGUUUUUAUCCUCCUAAAACAUUGUUGUAUAAAAACACCUAAUCUUUAA